CGGAUCCGGGUCUUGACUCCGAGCUUGGUCCUCGUCCGCCCCCUGGCUGUGGGGUGGAAGUCGGCCCGGGUCCCCAUCUAUGUCAGCAGCUGGGCAGUGCAGGUGACCCAGGGUAACCGGGAAGCCGAGCGCCUGGCACGCAAAUUUGGCUUCGUCAAUCUGGGGCAGAUCUUCCCUGAUGGCCAGUACUUCCACCUGCGGCACAGGGGUGUGGCCCAGCAGUCCCUGAGCCCUCACUGGGGCCACCGCCUGCGUCUGAAGAAAGACCCAAAGGUGCCACGGUUUGAGCAGCAGACAGUGCAGCGGCGGGUGAAGCGGUCCCUGGAGGUGCCCAUGGACCCCUGGUACGUGAAAAAUGAGAUGCAGCCAGACCUGAACAUCCUGCGGUCCUGGGCCCAGGGCCUGAUGGGCCAGGGUGUCGUGAUCUCCAUCCUCGACGGCGGCAUUGAGAAGGACCACCCAGACCUCUGGGCCAAUUACAUGAGGCCUCAGGACCCCCUGGCCAGCUAUGAUUUCAACGACUAUGACCCAGACCCCCAGCCUCGCUACACGCCCAGCAAUGAGAACCGGCAUGGGACUCGCUGUGCUGGGGGGGUGGCAGCCAUGGCCAACAACGGCUUCUGCAGUGCAGGAGUUGCCUUCAAUGCCCGAAUUGGAGGUGUGCGCAUGCUGGACGGCACCAUCGCCGACAUCCUCGAGGCCCAGUCGCUGAGCCUGCAGCCCCAGCACAUUCACGUCUACAGUGCCAGCUGGGGCCCUGAGGACAACGGCCGCAGAGUGGACGGCCCAGGCAUCCUUAGCCACGAGGCCUUCCUGCACGGCGUGACCCAGGGCCGAGGCAGGCUGGGCACACUCUGUCUGCGCUAUGAGAACUGCAACUGCGACGCCUACACCAGCAGCAUCCACACACUCUCAGUGGGCGGCGCCACCCGGCAGGGCCGCGUGCCCUGGUACAGCGAGGCCUGAGCCUCCAUCCUCACCACCACCUUCGGCAGUGGCUUGGCCACCGACCCACAGAUUGUCACCACAGACCUUCACCACCAGUGCACAGACAACCACACAGGCACCUCAGCCUCGGCGCCACUGGCUGGAGGCAUGAUGGCCCUGGCCCUGGAAGCCAACCUGCUCCUAACCUGGAGGGACACACAGCACCUCAUGGUCCGUGCCUCGAAGCCGGCGCACUUGCAGGCUGAGGAUUGGAGGACAAAUGGUGUGGGACGCCAAGUGAGCCACCACUAUGGCUAUGGGCUGCUGGACGCCGCGCUGCUGGUGGACCUGGCCCACAUCUGGCUGCCCACGCAGCCCCAGAGGAAAUGCACCGUGGAGGUCGUGAUGGCCCCGCUCCCCAUCCUGCUCCAGAUGCAUGUAGAGAAGAAUGCAUCGGCCUGCAGCGGCAGCCGCCACUACAUCCGCGCACUGGAGCAUGUGCAGGUGCAGCUGUCGCUGUCCUACAGCCACCGCGAGGACCUGGAGAUCUCACUCACCAGCCCCAUGGGCACCCGCUCCACACUGGUGGCCAUCAGGCCCCUGGACAACAGCAGCCAGGGCUACAACAACUGGACGUUCAUGUCCACCCACUUCUGGGAUGAGAACCCCCAGGGCUUGUGGGCCCCGGGCCUGUGGAACAAGAGCUACUAUUUCAGCAGAGGGAUGCUGCACCGCUGCACACUGCUGCUCUACGGGACAGCAGAGGACGUGAUGGCCCAGCCCCCAGGCUCCCAGAAUGUGACAACGCCACCUGCAUCCUGGGGCACCUCUGCCUCUCCGGCUACGGAUGAAGGCACUCAGGCCACACCCAGCAGGCAGUGAUCAUGGGGCCUGGCUGCCCCACCACACCCCCGGCUCCCUGCUGCUCUUCAAGCCCUGGCACCGCCUGCUUCUGCCCCCCACCCAGCAUGGAUGAGCUCCGGGGCUCCUGCUCAGGACAGCCCCACAGUCACCUCCAGCUCUCUCCCCUUACCCCAGCCUCAAUGCCCAGCCCUGGCCAAGGUGCCGGGCCUGCCUCCCAUGCCCUUGGGGAGCCCCUUCCAAAACCUGCUUCAUCUGCCACCACCCCAGGACCAGCUGUGCACUGGAACCUGGAGACUUGGAGAAUCAAAAGCUGCCUUGGCCUGGGCCCAGGGUAGAGGGGACACUGCCGUUCCAAUAUGCCCCCCACUGGGACCUGUCCUGAAGGCCCGGCUAGCUGCUGGAAACUUGGAGCCUGGAUGCUCAGCUCCAAAGGAGAAAGUCUCUUUCCCAUGUUGGGGUCAGUUGGGGGUGGGAUGGGCAGAGGCUGGAUUACGAACCCCAUCCCUUCCCUACUCCAGACUCUGUCCAGUCUUGGGCACCAUGUUCAACCUCAGAAUUGGAAAAUAAAGGUUGAAAAGAUG